AUGAACAAAUUCACCAAGGGAGGCCAAGAGGCAGUGUUUCACCGCUGUGAUCAGUUUACCUACGGUUUCUUCCACACGUACGACAACCUGGCGCUGGGCGACCACCAACCGCACAAGGUCCACGUCCUCCUGCCGGCUGACUACGAAGAGAGUCAGCACAAGAGGUGGCCCGUGGUCUACUUCAACGAUGGCGACACCACUUUCUGGCCCGGCGGCGGCUUCCACAAGACCUGGAACGUGGCCGGCAUCAUUUCGGGCAUGGCAGCAAGCGGCGAGGUGGAACCCGUCAUCAUCGUGGCCGUGGUGCCGAACGACCGAGAGCACGAGUACACCGACGUCGAGUGGGCACCGGGCCGGGCCUACGGCGGCCUGGACCGCUACGCACAGCUGAUGGCCGGCCACAUCAAGCCGUGGGUCGAUGCCACCUACCGCACAGUGCCCCACCCCCGGCGCACCACCAUCGCCGGGUCGAGCCACGGCGGCCUCGCCUCGUUCUACAUCGCGGCCACUCGGCCCCAGAGCUUCGGCCUCUGCAUAGCCUUCUCGCCUUCCCUGUGGGUCGGUCAGAGCUACUGGCGCCUGGGCCUGGCAUCAUCGGGCGUGGCGAGUGUAGUGGAUCUGCUGGGCUGCCCUACCACUUUGGCAACCGGUCACGUGGUGCGGACCACCCUGACCGCGGUGGGCGAGCGGCCCACGAUUUUCUUUGGCGUGGGCCUGCGUCGAGGAGGCGGGUUCCACAACGCGUGCGUCGAGCGCUGGGCCACCGAGUGCACGCUGGCGGCGGUGGCGACGCUGACAGACUCGGAGAGCCAGGGCCACGCCGCGUAUUGUGAGGGCACGGACCUGUUCGUGCACAAGGACCCGAUCGGCGAGCACACGGAGGAGACCUGGCAGCGAUGGUUGCCCUACGCUCUCCGCCUCUUCUACGGCCCUCGUUCAUGA